AUUUGCAGCAUUUCCUUAAGUGGAAGUGACAAAAAGGUGUUGACCUUGUCAUAGAGACCCAAUCUUGGUUGGUUUGUGGCUUUACUUUUUUUCAUAAAAGGAUACGGCUUAGAAAGAGAUAGGGGGAAGUUUAUCUUUGCGUUCACACGCCUCCUUUGAGAGGUUUGCAAAUAUAAAAAUGAUCUUGUGUGAUUGUGAUUGCAUUAGGAAUCAGUCCUUGUCAUAUUUGAAAACUUGAGAGCGGAGUCAAAAUGAAAUACGGAGCAGGUUUUCAGGUUUUGACAGUGAUGUGCACUUGGAUGCUGAUUCUGAUGAUGCAAAGCUCGGAUGCAGGUCAUAUACCAAAGAAACGUGCUGCUGGUGUUUCAUGCAAACCGAAAGAGCUGACAGCCCUCACCAAACGUGAGGUUGAAGAGAGCUUGAAAGGUUUUAAUAAAGCCAAUGGGGAGCACCUCGGCACUUGGUCCCCCGGCUUCCCUGAGCUCCAGGUCCACGACGACUCUACUCUCAAUGGGUCAAAGGUCCAGUGCAGCCUCCUCUUCAUGGGUAAGGGCCUGCAGAAAAUCCUGGAGGACCAGCAGAACAACCUCAACCCCACAGAUGUUUCACUUCACGAGAAGCUCAGGAACGCCAUCUCCAGUGUCAACAAUCUCGUAGUUUGUGCCAAGCAUAUUCAGGGAGGGGAAUGCUCCCCGGAGCCAUCCCCACCCAUAAUGCCCACGAGUGCAUUUGAGAAAAAGCAGUGGAGUCACACUCUGUUGAAGACAGCCAGGGACUAUCUGGACUGGCUGGAACGUAAGUUUGUGGUCCGCAUUUCAAAGGUUAAAGGGAAAAAUAAGACAAAAGGUGAAACUCCUGAGGCAACACUUCAGAAGUACUUGGAGGGGAGCGGAUACCUCUUGUAAUCUCAGUUUGGGAUGCAGACACGGUUACAGUUUAAGGCAGCUUUUCUUUAAUAGUGAAGGAUGUUCUCAAGAUUUGUUCAUGCUUAUUUGCAAUGCGUGUUGACAUUUUCAUACUGUGUUUGAAUGAAUGGAUGAAUUUAAUGCAAUUUCCACAAGUGGUAACACUUUAUAAUAAGGGUACAAAUCAUAUACUUAAGUAAUGCUUAACUAAAACUUUAUUAGAAUUGUCAUAUUCAUACAGAUACAUGCAUUUAACCCAUCCUAAGUAUUUAGGCGCAGUGGGCUGCUGUAAAGAUAUGUAACCAAAUUCCUCCUGGAUAUAAAAGUUUAUUUCAGGAGAAUGCAUUUGCUCAGCCUAAAAAAAAGCUCCAUAUUCCUAUGAGAAUAGACCCAAAGGUAUUUUUGACAGAUUUACAACAUAGUGGGUGGAACAUGAGUUGUUUAAAAAUAAGAAAAAGGUAUUUGUGUUGUUGAAACCUUAGAAAUUACUUUAGUAUAUGAUUUGUACCCUUAUUAUAAAGUGUUUUUUACAGACAGCCUUAUGUAGAUGAAAUAGUUGAUUGAUGACAAUUUUAGCAUUUUUUCAACUGUUUAUAGAAGUAGUAUGACAUUUUGGGAAGUAUGCAUUUUCACUUUCUUGCUGAGAGUUGGAUGAGAAGAUCAGACUGGUAUCAAUCUUAUCAUCCAAUUCAACAUUUUCCCAAAAUGCCAAACUGUUCCUCUAAAAGCUUUAUCAGAAAUGGCUUUGUUCAAAUAAACUCAGACAUCGCUCCCAUGUGACCGUAAUUAAUCAACUUGCCAAAAAGGCAAAUUAAAAGGGGCUCUAAUACAUUUCCUAAUUACCACAGUUUGUUUUCUCAGCCUUCACAAUGAUUAAUUGUUAUGCUCUGGCCGUCUAUCCCUUGUGAGCAGGCAGCGUUGCCUGAGGUAGAAAGAGAUGCUGAUAAGAAUCACCUACAGAGAGCCACCAGUUUGGACUCCAAUCACUGUAUUGAAAUGUGUGGACAGAUGGACGGAGCACGGUGAGGCAGAUAAGUCUGUCACACUCCCAUCAAUGUGAUGCAAGAGAACAACAACACUGUAACAAAGAUUAAUGUGGGCCCCGUCAUCCUCAAAUUAAAUCAUCAAUUAAUAUUCAAUUAGAAAAGCUUCAAAUGAUUCUACAUGAUGUUGAAAAUCAGCAAAGUUCCUUAAAUUUGACAUACUCUGGAGAACAUGGAUGUUUUUAAUAAUUGUACAUACUUUCCUACCACUGUUGAGG